AUGAGUGUAGACAUUGUGCAGCUAUAUGGCCCCGGUCUAUCCUUUUAUCUUACUCAGGGAAAGCCGCCAGCACCGAUAGACGCGCCCAUGAGAUCACCCGAUACAUCGCUUAGGAAAUACUCGGCUACAAUGAAGGCUUUGCAUAUCAGCAAUGAUCGCUUAGAAAGUAGAGUGAAAAAUCUAAGCUCCAGCACCGCUCAACUUGAGCUCGAACUGAUGAAGCUCCAACACCACAUCAAAGGCUUCCACGGGGAGCUUCUAGUGACAUGGCAGGCGGAUACCCUUACACGUCUUGUCGAGGUUGUAUACGAACGAUGUGGCUGGAAGCUACCUGGAGGUAUCACCGCCACUUCUCAUGAGGGCAUGGACCAGGCGAGGGUGUCCCUGAUGUAUAGGACUGCGGCGCGGAAGAUCAAAAAGGAGACAUUGCAGAGGAGGUUUGGUCUUUCGAUGCCGUAUUAUGUCGCUCUACAGAGGUAUGAUGAGGUGAGCUAUCCAUUCCUCAAGAUUGUUGUCGGUCGCCCUUCUUACCUCAUUGUAGAUUGUAUACUUUCGAAGCACGAAUCCGUUUCGUUCCGAGUGCACAUUCGCUCGAUGGCUGAUGUCGCAGAAGGAGAAGAACAGUCGACUGAGAUUGGUCGAUUUCUGGGGAAGAUUGUUUCCAUUAUGUUACGGUCGGACCGUCAAAGAAACAUCUGA